UUCUUGUGUCUAAAAAGUUGAGAGUUUUAAUUUCUGAUACAGUAAACAUUGAUAGAUAAAACCGCAUAAGCGAUAGCUCUGUGGGGUCUCCAGUAGUUUUAAGUGUGUAAGGAGUCUGGGGACAAAGAAGUGCAAGGACUGCUGGUGUGUUAGGCCUUCUUGUUUUGGGCCUGUGGCCUUGCGUGGGUGUGAUGAGGGCACGGGUCAUUUCCUAAAGCAGCAGCGUCCGUUGGCUGGGGAGAGCUGGCCUGCUUCUCCCGUGUUACCACAGAGAGACAGUCAUCACAGGAAGGCCUGGGACAGGGCCUUGCAAGGCUCGCAGUGGGGAGAAGAGGUGUGGCAGAAAUCGUGCUGCUUGCUUACAGAGGAAUUGGGGAGGAUAUUGAGAAAGAAAGGAAGGAAAUGUUGAUACACUGCUCAGGCGAUGCCAGUUCAGUCCAUCAGAGUCACCGUCCGCCCUGUGUGCGACGCAAGCUCUGUCAAGCCACAGCCCUGUCAUCUGGAGAAUUGCCUGGCACAAAGUAGGCUAAGGUGUUACCCAGCGACCUCCAUCUUCAGCUGUUUCCAGAACAGCCCCUCUACUACAGAGCUGCGGUGCAACCCCGGGCAGUUUGCCUGUCGCAGCGGCACCAUCCAGUGCAUCCCCCUCCCCUGGCAGUGUGACGGCUGGGUGACUUGUGAGGAUGAGAGCGACGAAGCCGACUGUCCAGAAGUGACCGGAGAGGUGCGUCCUUACCAUGGGAAGGAGGCCGUGGAUCCGCGGCAGGGGCGGGCCAGAGGAGGUGACCCCACGCACUUCCACGCAGUGAACGUGGCACAGCCCGUCCGCUUCAGCAGUUUCCUAGGGAAGUGCCCGACAGGGUGGCACCACUACGAAGGCACGGCCAGCUGCUACAGGGUCUACCUGAGCGGGGAGAACUACUGGGACGCCGCGCAGACCUGCCAGCGCCUGAACGGCUCCCUCGCCACCUUCUCCACUGACCAGGAGCUGCGCUUUGUCCUGGCCCAGGAAUGGGACCAGCCCGAGCGGAGCUUCGGUUGGAAGGACCAGCGCAAGUUGUGGGUUGGCUAUCAGUAUGUCAUCACCGGCCGGAACCGCUCCUUGGAAGGUCGCUGGGAGGUGGCAUUCAAAGGCUCCUCGGAGGUGUUCCUGCCCCCAGACCCCAUCUUCGCCUCGGCCAUGUCUGAGAACGACAACGUGUUCUGUGCCCAGCUCCAGUGCUUCCACUUCCCCACCCUGCGGCACCACGACCUCCACAGCUGGCAUGCUGAGAGCUGCUACGAGAAGUCUUCGUUCCUGUGUAAAAGAAGUCAAACAUGUGUCGACAUCAAGGACAAUGUGGUGGACGAAGGGUUCUACUUCACCCCCAAGGGGGACGACCCGUGCCUGAGCUGCACCUGCCACGGCGGGGAGCCUGAGAUGUGUGUGGCCGCCCUCUGCGAGCGGCCCCAGGGCUGCCAGCAGUACCGCAAGGACCCCAAAGAGUGCUGCAAGUUCAUGUGUCUGGACCCAGAUGGCAACAGCCUGUUCGACUCCAUGGCCAGUGGCAUGCGGCUGGUGGUCAGCUGCAUCUCCUCCUUCCUCAUCCUGUCGCUGCUGCUCUUCAUGGUCCACCGGCUGCGCCAGAGGCGCCGCGAGCGCAUCGAGUCCCUGAUUGGAGCCAACUUGCACCACUUCAACCUCGGCCGCAGGAUCCCUGGCUUUGAUUACGGCCCGGACGGGUUCGGCACGGGGCUCACCCCGCUGCACCUUUCUGACGACGGAGAAGGCGGGACCUUCCACUUCCACGACCCUCCGCCUCCCUACACAGCAUACAAGUACCCAGACAUCGACCAGCCCGAUGACCCCCCGCCGCCCUACGAGGCCUCCAUCAACCCGGACAGCAUGUUCUAUGACCCUGCAGACGACGAUGCUUUUGAGCCCCCGGAGACCAGCCUGCCGACCCCGGGGGAUGGUGGCAGUGAAGGUUCGUUGCCCCGGUACCUGGAACAGCCUCUGCCCACUUCGGGGGCCUCUCUGGCAGACCUGGAAGACUCCGCUGACAGCAGCAGCGCCCUGCUCGUUCCCCCCGACCCUGGCCAGAGUGGGGGUGCCCUGGCCGCAGAGGCACCGCCAGGGGCCGGCCGCCACAGCCGCAGCUCCCUCAACACCAUGGUAUAGACGGCCCGGCCCGUGUCCAGCGGGCUGUGAGCAGCCGUCUGCUGUCAGAACACCAGUCCCUGUGGGACACUUGAAGGACCCAGCCUCAGCCUGGACCCCACCCACCACACACCCGCACUCGUGCACAGACCUCGGGGUGGGGACGGGCGCUGCGCCGAGUCCCUGAGGGCUCCAGAGACACACAGAGCUGUGGGCCUCCUUCUCUUCCUUUUCAAGUGGCAGAAGAGUGACGGGGUUUGUUCAGACCACGUGCUCUAGAGGCAGGGAAGGAGGCACUGUGGGCCUGGCCCGACGGCCUCGGUGGGCUUGUUCAUGCAGUGUGCGUCCAGAGAAGUCCACCAGCCGCACCGAGCCCUGGGGCUGCCUCCCUGGCCCCACCAGGACGGCACUGCCGACUGUCCCUGUGGUGUGGCAGCGGGUCUGCUUCAGGGGAGACAGCCCCCGCAGGCCCGGCUGUGAGCACCAAGGUGACCCUGGCCUGGCCUGGGGUUGGCUCCAGAGGCCCUGAGAAGGGGGCGUGGAAGGAGGUUGGCCUCUUGGCUCUGUAUUUGCAGCUGGGCCCCGCGAAGCUCAGCUCUGUGGCAGGAGGCCCGACGCCCCCCACCGGUGUCCCCCACAGUGCUGUGCGCGGCUCCCCUGGAGUCCGGCUGAGGCCCUGGACACCAAGGGUGCUGGGGACCGAGCCAGCUCCUGUCCACACUCUGGAGCUCUGGGCCCCGCCCCUGUUGAAUGGUCCCAGGGCCUGGCCUGCUCCUGCCCGCCCCAUCGGUGCCAUAAAGGCUUGUUUCUGGGGGGACGGGUGGCUGAACCGACAUCCUGGGCAGUGUCCAUCUCCCGCAAGUCCGCUGCCUGCACCAUUGCCACCGCCGCGCCCCGUGGCCGCAUGUGCCCCGCCCCCCUCAGCAGCGCUGGGUGCUGGGGGCCCUGCCUGGGGGCCUUUUGCCCGAGGGACCCCGCUGCCUGCUCCCGGGCGGGGUCUUGUGUCCUGACACGGGGCCUUCAGCAUUUCUGAGGUUUGGAGACGAAGCGGGUUCUGUGCGAUUUUCAGCACAUCCAUAUGUUUUCUACGUCGAAUGUCUGGAUCCGUGCGUGUGUGCGUGCGUGUGUGUGCGUGUGCGCAGGCAAUGGGGGUGCGCGGGAACCCGGCUCUCCUGGGCUGCCGUGUCUGCCCUGCUCCGUGUGUCGCUCGGUCUUUCCCGCCCGUGAGGACAGCGUGGAGAGGCCGGGCGGGAGCUGGCACGGCUGUGCAGUGACGGGCUCGGCACCGUUCUCAGGCCCGCUCUGUCCGUCCCACGAGGAAUGAGACUCUAGCGCUGCCCACAGACUUGACCUUGUGCUGGAGCUGUGAGUUUCGUCACCGAACUGCCUGUCCCUGGAGGCUGCGUGCGGUGAGGCCUGCUGCCCUGGCUGAAGGGCUGCUGCUUCCUUGAGAGUUGAGUCCUGGCCACGUCCUGCCCCCGCUGUGCCAGGUUCCAGAGCAGCAGUCGUCAUAAUGCUGGUGCGGGGCGACCGUCAUUGGUCCUGAGAGGCGUCAGGACCUGUGUGCCGUGAGCGCGGCUGGCACGAGAUGUGUGGGGUUGGGAAGCGACCUUUGGGGACGCAAGGACUGUUGGGGCCAGUCAGGCAUCCAGCAGGCAGUGAGGACGGGGCCCAGAGUGGACCACGAAGGCUGCCGACCGUGGGCUUGCUCCGGACUGUCGGGCUGGGCCCAAGGGUGCGCUCGGGUCACCAGGGGGCCUCUCCCCUGUUCAGGCCUCCCCACAAGCUCAGCCCAGUGGCAGCCUGGGGCUGGGCAGAAAGCCUGAGUGCAGAGCUGGGGUCUGCCCCUCUCUCCCACACUGUCACCCAGAGUGCCACCCUUUGCAAGACCUGCCAGUCCAGGCCAGGGUGGGAAGAGUCCUGAGGUGGCCUUUGUCAAGGCUGGAGCUCCUGGGAGAGGUGUCCUGCCCUCUGGGCCCCAGAGGGACAGGGGAGGGACAGGCCACGCUCCUGGGAGGGCCACCUACCCUGGCACUGCCUUGCCGCUGUUCGGAGACCAGGUGCCCUCUGACCUGCCCUGAGAGGUGGAAUUUGAUACUGUACAUUGUCUCAAUGCCUGUUUUUUAUGUUUUCCUUUCACUAAGGGUUUUUAGUUUGGGUUUAUUUUUGGUUGGGUUGGCACUAAUUCUUUUCUUAAGAUGCUGUGAGAACCAUUUCAUCCAAAUGCCAAAUAAACUUGUGUUCUGGAA